AUUACACUUUGAGGGCUGCUUCCGAGGUUGCUUUGAGUCUCGCUCUCCCACUCCUAAGGCAUGGCUGCUUUCUCUCCCAUCACCCUUCCCUUUCGCGGCUCCAUACACGAACAAAACUUGCGACCGGUACCCCUCUCACCAUCCACCACAAUGGCUGCGUAUGAAUCGAAGGUGACAUUUACCUUCGACACGAUGUGUCCAUGGACGUAUCUCGGCAAGAAGAAACUUGACCUUGCCCUUGCCAACUAUGCCGCCUCCACCAAUGGCCACGCACCUGUCGACUUCAAGGUCCGCUUUGCGCCCUUCCAGCUUUACCCGUCGCUCGGCGAACAGGCCCAGAGCAAGCGGGAAUGGUACACCACGACCAAGUACCACGGUUCUGCUGAGCAGAUGGCGCAGUUUGAGGCCGUCAUGGCGUCCUAUGGCGAGCCCGUGGGGAUCAAAUUCUCCUGGGACGGCCCAAUGGCCAACACGCUGCACGCCCACCGUGUGAUCCAGUGGUUCCAAGGUGUUUCGCCGGAUAUUAAGCCAGGGGACGACGAGGAAGACCUUUUUGACAGCGAGGACGACAAGAAGGCUGCCCAACAGAGGUACACGAAGUACGGCCCUCCUGUGGCAUCGAAAAUCAUCAAUGCGCUGUAUCGGAUGUACUUUGAGGAGGCGCGGCAUCCGUCAAGUGCCGAGACGCUGGUCAAGGCGUGUGUCGAAGCCGGCGUGCCGGAGGAUGAGGCACAGCAGGCUGUCGGGGGUGUGGACCAGCAACAACCGGGCCUGGCGCAGGUCAAGCGCAAGAUUCAGAUGAGCAAUUCUGAUGGUGUGGACAGUGUGCCGACCGUGGUGUUUGAGGGCCGGCGAAGGGAUCUUACCCUCGUUGGGGCCAAAGAGGCCUUUGAAUAUGAGAAAGCCAUGUCGACGAUUGUCAAGGAGAGCAGUUAGUUUUUUCUGUGCAGGAACUGUAAGCAAUAAAAGUUCCAUGGUAAUACAAAAAGAAUCCUUCGACACUCUGACAGUUGGCCGACGUCUGACAGCGUGUGCUGCUGUGGCGCUUAAUUGGCUUGUACGGACGCUGAGACAAUGUUCUGGCGUUUCCAAACAGCGGUGGGCAGGUCGUUGUAAGCGGGGAGCAAGAAGGAUCUACCUUGGUCUACCUUUGAGGACUUAGUAAGUAGUGCUUACAAGAAAGUAUAACUAUAAGUUCAGUCGUG